AUGGACGAGCCUAGAGGAGAAGAUGAAACUCACAGUCCUACCUCAAGUUCUUCGUCAUCGACUGACCUUGGCCCCGGCGGGAGUCCGGGUGACGGUGUUUGUCCCUCAAUCUCAUCCCUCGAAGCAGUCUACAAGGCUACCUACGACAGUUGGGCCACUCCAGCGAGACAGACAUCACUUGAUGGACACAAUGAGCUGUUCGAUAUGGAUAUUUUCUUCCAGCUCAUGGCUAGAUUUCCGCCUUUUCGACCUCAUUCACUUGAAGACCUCAUUGCGCCUGGAACUACUCCUUCGGACUUAAUCGUCGACCUGGUCAUGUCCCUUGAGACCUGUAUGCUUCCAGAAUGCACCCAGCGCGAGAAGAGGGUACCUUACCACCUUCUCAUUGGAAGCUCAACGUGGAAGACGUAUGAGGUGGUUUACUCGCAUGAUCACGAGAAGAUAUCUCAAAUGGGUCUGCCACUUCAUUCGCUGCAAUAUCUGACUCGUCUGGUCCUGGCCUGGUCAUACAUUCUCUCCUGUCGUUGGGUAGAGAUUCUCCAGAGGUAA